AUGAUUGACGACAGCUGCCCUAAGUCCGGUUCUUCUGAGGAUACCGCAAUUUUCUUGAUGAAACUAUGGCAGAUUUUACUCGCUAUUGUUCCCUUUUGUCCGUACGACCAUGUUGCCCAGGAUCAACUUAUCGGUGUCCUCGAGAGCUUGCGAUCGCUCCCGGAGACCAUAAUUUGGAUUGAGGAGAGGGAGGUACGUUUGUGGAAAGAUUUCCCGCUACUAUCGAAUCACAUGCGUGCAGCUUGGGUUAACCCCAUUCACAAAUCCGAAAUGCCCCAAUUCAUGGGAUCUGAUGAAGAAAAUGUAGAACAGUGGGUCAACCUAAACGCCUUCGCCGCCCGAAUCAUGAACAAGGGCUUCCUGAACUGUUCGGUGUUUGCUUUCACGGAGAUUGUAGGUGCUCUAGAGGAUGAACUUCCUCCCACGGCGGGUCUGGUGCGUGAAUACACGAUCAGUGUUGCCAGCCACUGGAUCUCUAUCUGUGGUACCCAGCUCUUCGAAGAUGCUUUUACCGGCAAUACCCUCACUGGGACAGAGCGGCAGGAGAUAAUCCCGGGGCCACUGUACGUUGGUUCUGGAGGACAGCCUGGUCAUUCUAUCGACAGGUGGAGGUUCUGGCAGAGCCAACUCGCUGAGUUUGGAAACCUUGGUCUGAAUCCAAUCUGCCUUGGGGCCAGCCAAGCAGCUCAUCGCAUGGAAGAGAUUAUGAACCAGAACGAUCAGGCAGAAGCAAUUCGCCUUGGGACAGCCCAGGAGCAUCGACCAUAG